GGCAUACGUGCGCUUGAAUUUUUGUUUACUGUAGUCGGGAAUAGUGGGUAGCUACAGCAGCUAGAAAAUAAAAUAUGAUCAAGUCUUUCAGAAACACGGUCAAAAACUGAGUUGUUUGAUUCAAAAAGUAAAAUUGGGUGUGUUCCAGAAAAAGGCGACGCAACUGUCUUGCUGCUGUGUAAUUUGAGGCCAAGAUGAUCGAAGUGUUGGCCUCCAUGGCCCGAGGUCCUGUGUUUCUGGCCGGGGAGCUCAUGGAGUGUCUCAUCACAUUCACCAACCCAAUGUCCCACUUGUCCACCUCUGCCACCAGUGAGAUGCUGGCAUGGGCCAGUGCCCAGAUUCACUGCCAGUUUCAUGCCAGUGAGAGCAGAGUGGCUCUGCCAACCCGGGGCAACAAACAGGAUGUCCAGGCUGAAAGUGACACUGUACUCAUUCCAAGUAGAGGAGAGCGAGGACAGUGUGUGCUGGACACGCCACCUAAGAUACUGUUCUGUGACCUUCGUCUGGACCCCGGGGAGAGCAAAACAUAUUCAUACAGUGAAGUUGUACCCAUUGAUGGUCCUCCUAGUUUCCGUGGUCAGUCAGUGAAAUAUGUCUACAAACUGACCAUCGGCUGCCAGAGAGUCAACUCUCCCAUCAAACUAUUGAGAGUUCCCUUCAGAGUGCUGGUUCUGCAGGGCAUGCCAGAACCUCCAUUUCCCCAGGAUGAAGAGGUCUCCCCAUCAAACCCGUUCCUAGAGGAAGAGGAAGCAAGUCGCAGAGACACUCGGUCUUUGGAGAGAGCGCUGGACAUGCUUAUGGUCACCACGUCGAGACGCUGCCCACACAUGUUCAAUAUCACCAACAUGCGAGGAAAAGUGGCAAAGUUCUGCAUCUUCAAGACUGUUUACAGACUCGGGGAGGACAUCAUCGGCACGUUCAACUUCUCGGAGGGUGACAUCCCCUGCUUGCAGUAUUCGGUGAGCCUCCAGAGCGAGGAGGAGAUCCAGCAACAGUACCAGCGACGUCCCGGCCACGCCGUCAGUGUGAGUGGACACGGGCGACACCUGGAGUCCUGCCUCCACACGGCCUCCAGCCACUUCUCCCUCCCCAUCCCCCUCAACGUCACACCAGGUUUCAGCACAGAUAUAGUCUCUCUUCGGUGGCGUCUGCACUUUGAGUUCGUCACAGCCCGGGAGCCUAUGGAACCACCCACUGUACUGCAGAACCAAUCAGAGGUCACAGUUUGGGCCGGGGCGGAGCAUGUGAAUGUGGACACCUUCAGCUGGGAUCUGCCUAUCAAAGUCCUACCAACGAACCCGGCCCUGGCAUCCUACGUUUCCCAGUUUACAGGGAGGAACAGCAUUAAUAUUUGACUCUGAGGUGAUCAGGUGUUAUUGUUUUUAAUGGUGAUAUCAACUAGUUUGUUUUUGUUUCCAGAUGGGGAAACUGUUUCAGCACAGAUGUGCACAUUUCUUGAUCAAAAAUGUUUUUUUGUUUCCAUUUUUUAUGCAGACCUCAUAUGUUAAGUGUGCAAUCUAUAAUUUGCCUUUUUUCUUGAGCAUUUUACAAUGCACCCGGACUUUGAAUACAUAUUCCUUUUCAGGAAGUCUACCGCACAUUGGCCGUGUGAAGUGCAACUCUCUCUCUGUUGUGCGUGUCUGUAUUUAUUUGCUUUUUUUAAACUCCUUCAUACACUUGCACACUCGAUAUUUCUGAUUUUUUUUUUCUUAUCUGAGAUAUUUUUACAGUUUAAGUGUCUUUCUUUUAAUAUAAAGUCUAAAAGAAGAAUGACUAUACUGAGAUGUAAAUACAAGAGAAUUAAAAGUGUGAUUUAAAUGUAAAAAA